AUGCCAUCGCCGCCCUACAUCCUCGAGGCGCUCUGCGCACUGGUGCUCUGCGCGCUCGUCGUGGUCAUCACCUUCGAGGUGUGGCUGCUCAGUCUCGCGCUCACGAUUAUUUCGCGCACGCCCGUGCUGCGGAAGCUGGUUGCGGUCGAGACGCGCCCUGCUAUGCCAGUCGUCGCCAGGAGGAGGACGUGGGCGGGAUGGAAGCGUCAGAAGAGCACGGGAGAGUUGGGCGUGGUUAGGACCGGGACUACGCCGCUUAGAGAAAGUGAAUUGACCCUGACUCCUGAGAGAAUGGAUCCCUUGAACCUUCAGCCGGUAGGAUUUCAGGAUCACGGCAAUGCGGAACCAGAAGCUUAA